UAUGUUUUCAUGCAAUACCAAAUAUCAUUUUGUUAUAUGACAUUAUAAUUGUGUGUAUCAUAAUAUCACAUUCAAUGACAAAAAUUAUAAGAUUAAUAAUAAAAAUUAUAAUUUAUGAUCAUGUUAAAAUAUAUUUUAUUAUAUAUAUCUUGAUUCAUGAUAUAAUAAUCGCGUCUCUAGUUAGUUUUUUUUCCUUCUAUUACUCAAAUGAGAAUAUAACAUCAGAUUUUAAAAAUUUAGAUUCUCAUGUAGCAAAGCUGGACUUUGGUUUAAGAGUGUUGUUUUAAUUAUAAAAUAUAAAUGAUGGAUAAUUUUAUUUUGCGAAAUUUAAAAAAAGAUUUUGGCACAUAUUUUCAACAGUAUUGUUUACAUCAUAAAAUGUUAAUUAAAAAAAAUAAAUGCAGUGCUUGUAUAGUGUCUAACGUUUGUGAUCUAAAAAAAUGUAUAGUUGCUGUUAAUCGUCUUAAAUUCAAUAUUAAUAGAAAUCUGAAGAAAUUACAGACUGAUGCAUUAUUUAUAAAUUCUUUAAAUCCUAUUUAUUACAUACCAAAAUUAGAUGAACAAUAUAAGAUUCAAGAAAAAAUAAAUAGAAAUGAUAAACAAGAUAAACAAUAUAAGAUAAAAAAGGAGAAAAACUUCCAUAAAGAAAUAACGUAUCACAAUAUUUUUCUUAAUAAUUUAAACUUAAAUAUUUUUUUAUGUAAUACAUCUCAAAUAUUACCACAUUAUACUAAUUACAAAAGUUCAAUUUGUAUUCUUAACAUAGAUAAAAAAGGACAUGAAAUAUAUGAUUUUAUUACAAAAGGAAGUAGAAAAAAUACUAUUGCCAUUAAUUAUGAAGAUUAUUUUUUACUUAUAGAAAAAUUUCAGAAUAGACAUAAAAAAUUUAAUUACUAUAGUGUUUUAAAGCAUUUAAUUUGUAAACAAAAGUAUAAUGAAAAAACAAAAUGCAUAUAUGAGGUUAAUAAAAAACAAUUGAAAAAUUUUUUUGAUCUUAUAUUUGCUAAAGUAGUUCCUAAAAAAUUAUUUGGAAGCAUAAAAAAUUUAAAAAAAAUAAAGAGAGCUACAUUUCAAUUAUUAGAUACACCUUGUUUUAAAUAUUUUAAUCUAAAACCUAUCAUUGAAAAAUUAGAUAUUAACAUUACAUGGUUACAAAAUGUUACAAAUGUAAAAACAAAAUGGCUUGUUAUAGCACAAUUUGUAAAAUGGUUUUUUACUGAAUUUCUUUUCAAUAUAUUAUAUAUUUACUUUCAUAUAACAAAAGUUUCUGGAAAUACUAAUGAAAGAUUAUAUAUUACACGUUUUAUUUGGAAUAAUAUCCAAAAAAAAUUCAUUAAAGAAGGAAUACAUUCAAAUACAUUACAACCAAAUAUUAAACGUAAUACAUGGAAUCCAUCAAUAGGCAUAUAUAAAUUAUUUUGUAAAUAUUCUGAUGUGCGACCUAUAUUCAAACUUAAAAAGAAAUCUCAUGAUGCUGAUUAUUUAUUUAUAAUAUUUAAAUUUUUGAAACAAUUGUAUGCUACAAAUUAUGAAGUUAUUAAUUUUCCAAAAAAAUGGAAAUCAAUUGUUCAAAAACUUAAUUCAAAAAUAAAAAAAUUAUAUUUUGUAUGUUGUGAUGUAAUAAAUGCUUUUGGUUCUAUCAUACAGGUCGAAUUAUAUAAUAUUAUACAAUCACUUUGUAAGGAUCUUCCAGAAAAUUUAAUACUUAAAUAUUAUACAAUUAAAUCUGAGAUAUCAAAAAAAGAUAAUACAUAUCACAAAUAUUUUUCUGAUUUGCAAUUACCUUUCCCAUCUGAUCAAUUUUAUGCAAAUUUAGUUGAUAAUCAAUGGUAUCAAUUAAUAAACAAAAGCUGGUUAUUAGAAAGUAUUUCAAAAUAUAUCUUUUAUCAAAGGAUAAAAAUAAAUGAAAAUAUUCAUAUCAUAGGAAAAGGAAUUGUUCAAGGUUCAAUGUUAUCACCUAUUUUGUCAGAUAUAUAUUAUAAUUAUAUAUUAAAUAAAGAAAUGUCAACAUAUUUAAAAACAGGAGAAAUUAUAAAAUAUAUGGAUGAUAUUUUAUAUAUAACUGAAAAUAAAACUCUUGCAGAACAAUUUUUAGAAUUAACAAAAAAAGGAAUUCCUCAAUAUAAUUGUUAUUUUAAACAAUCUAAAACUCAAAGUAAUUUAAUUUCUGACAGAAAUAAAAUUGUUAAAAAAAAUAUUAUUUAUAUUGGUUAUAAAAUUAAUUGUAACACAUUAGAAAUAGGACUUAAACGUUCAGAUACAGCAUUGUGUCAUUCAAUAUCAUUUUUAAAACCAAGUAAAUCAUCUCUUCUGAAACAUCUCUCAAUGCGAUUAAGUAAUGUAGCAACUUUUAGAUUAUCAAAAGUUAUGUUAGACCAUACAAUUAAUUCUAAAAGGACUAUAAUGAGAAUAUUAAAAGAAGUAUGUGUAUUACAAGCAAAUCGUGCUUGUAUUUUAAUAAAAGAUCUCUUUGAUAACAUGCACAAUCAUAUUCAAAAUAUACUUAAAAUUAUUAAAAGUACCAAUGAAAAAAUUACAAGAUAUAUUAUAAGAAUGUUUUUGAUAUCACAACAAAAAACAAAUAAAUUAAAAAUCUACAAGUGGAACAACCAAAUUCUACAUAUAUUAUGGACAUCUUAUAAAAAAGUUUUUAUGAAAGACAACAUUUUACGACAAUAUUUUAUCACAUUUUUUUCAUAACAAAUUAAAUAAAUAAUAUAAACAUAAUUUUUAUAAUUUAUAUCUAUUUUUAUAUAUUUUUUUAAAUAUUAUAUUAAUCUUUAAACUAGAAAAUACUUAUUUUCACAUUUAUCUGAAAAUUUACUUUCAUAUACUUUCAUAUUAUUAAUACUUACUUGAAAUUUUUCUAUUAUUAAAAAAUUUUUUUUAAUAAUUAAUUUUAAUUUAAAUUCAUAAUUUUUUCUAAAUCAAUCAUUAUUUUUUCUAAAUAAUUUAACAUAAGAAAUUGAAAGAAAUUGUUAAUAUUGCAAAAUAUUAAUAUUUAUAAAAAAUAUUUUAUAAAAUGGAAAGUGAGAUGUUGAAGAUUGAAAAUUUUAUAAUUUUAAAUAAGUAAAAGUUAUUUAGUAAUCAUAUGAUACGUUGUAAUCAAAAAAAUUAACAAAAAUUUAAUACAAUUAUAUGAUAUACAAUAUAAUUUUAAACUUCUAUUCAUUCCUUAUUAUAUUAUAGGUUGUUGAUUAUGAUUUUUAAAAUUUGUGAUAUAAUGCUUACUGUCAUUAAAAUAUAUAAAAGUGUAUAAAAGAUGACAAUUAAAAAAUUUAAAAAUAAA